AAAGAGGAGCCACCUCAGUGAACAUGUGCGCACUCAUACGGGAGAGCGUCCGUAUUCCUGCACUCACUGCAAUGCUUCUUUUUCGCGGAUGGCUCACCUCAAAUAUCAUGUGACUCACCGUCAUGCCAAGAAGUUAUAAAGAUUGCUCCACUUUGGCGCCCGAGGAUCCGUACCGUUUGCUCGUGUGCGCACAGGGCGGACUGCAGUCCUGCCUGCAGUGUAACUAUGUGACCAAGCACAGGAAUCACAUGAGAGUACACCUCCGCAUUCACACGGGCGAGCGCCCCUUCCAGUGUCACCUGUGUCCGGCCACGUUUCACGAGAGGUCCAAACUCGUGGUCCACGUGCGCAGCCACACCGGGGAGCGUCCCUUUCCCUGCGACUUCUGCUACGCAUCCUUCAGGCAGCACUCUCACCUCGUUGGGCACCUGCGCACCCACACCGGGGAGAAUCCGUUUAGCUGUUCCCACUGCUACGUGUCCUUCUCGAAAAAGAGCAACCUCAAGCGCCAUAUGCACGCCCACACAGGAGAGCUCCCUUAUUCCUGUGUUCACUGUAGUGCAUCCUUUUCACGAACAGACAGCCUCAAAGACCACAUGUCUCGUCGUCAUGCAAAACAGCAGUGAAGUAGGGGUGUACAUACUUUUUUGUGCGUGUAUGGUAUGAAACAGACUGAAUAAAUUAUACUCUUGAAGGUUAUCCCUCAAAUUCAUCAAA